CAUCGAUUCGGAGGAAAAAAGCAAAACAAUCUUCUUUUUCCCCCCGUGCGCCGGCGGCUGUUAGGUUUGUGGGGUGCGAGGAAAACCGCUUGGUUGUGCCGUGCGAUAAGCCGAGCGACUCCAGCUGAAGACAGUCUUGUUAAAUGCAUAUUUUUUCUUGCGAGAUCAGCAGCACUAAACUUUGCAGUACAGCUAAACACACUUUCCUCCUCCUGUGUCUGUGAUCAUGAAUUCCAAACGUCUCGUUGACCGCUCUUUGGUCGGAAUUAGAGUGAGCACCAGCACCGCUACGGGUCAAGCCGGUAACCAGCACACAGGCGACGGCCAGUCUUUCAGCAGAACUGUGGCACCGGUGGACUGCGGGAUCGUACUGGCGUGCAAACACGACCCCACCACGGGCAGCUUCUUAUACACACUAAUGUCGGAAGAAGGCGCUUUGAAAGAGUACCCCAGAGAAGAUGUCCUUCUCAAUGGAAUUAAUGUGACAGCGGGGAAGGAGAAGCUCCUUUUCGAUCAGACCACAGUACUUGGUAACGGCGCAGCAGACCACAGGGAUGCUGGACCGCCCGUAGUCCAGAAGAGAAGCCCCACUCAUCGGCUGAACAUGAAUGGAAGAAAGCUAGAUGACCAAACACACUUGGAGAGCAGGGGCAUGGGGCGGCGAGUGGAGGAGUCCAAGAGGGACCCCCUGGCAGCUAGUGCCGACGGCCCACCCGAGGAAGGAUACCUGCACACCUCUUCUCACAUCCCUGUGCCACGGAACAGGAAGCCAUCGGGUCACGCUGACAAGGAGGUGAUGGCUGCUACGGUGCUGACAUCUUUGUCCACCAGCCCCCUGGUUCUCAACCCCCAAUCUGGGCCACCAGCUGCAGUUCCAGAGCCUGCCAGCAGGGGAUGGAAGGAGUGCCUCUCAGCCAGUUACAGCAGCUCCACCAGUGGCAACUGGAGCUGGGAUGCCAGUGACCAGUCUGUGCCCUCCACACCAUCACCGCCGCUCUCCAAUGACGUCAACAAGGGCUUCCUGCUCUCUUCUCAGGGGGAUGACAACACAGAGGAGACGGAGACCACGCACUUCUUGUUCGAGGACCCCAUCCCCAGGAAACGCAAGAAUUCCAUGAAGGUUAUGUUUAAAUGCUUGUGGAAGAACUGUGAAAAGGUCCUCAGCACUUCCUCAGGGAUCCAGAGACACAUCCGCACUGUCCACCUGGGGCGGAAUGGCGACUCAGACUACAGCGACGGCGAAGAGGACUUCUACUACUCGGAGAUCGAGGUGAACAUGGACACACUGUCGGAGGGGCUGUCCAGCCUCACGCCCACCUCGCCCACCACGGCCACAUCGCCGCCCGUCUUCCCCGCUCCCGAGCCGGCCCACUCGGAGCCGGCCCACAUCACUCAGCGGGGGCCGCUGUGCCCCACCCCACUCAGCCAGUCUGCGCCCUCCACUCUCUGCCACAUUCGCACUGACCACGCCUACCAGGCAACUGCUCCUGUGAGCGUUCCUGUGCCUUCCAAGUUCGUACAGAGCGAGAGUGGGAUCAGUAUUUCCUGGCAGUCCCCACCGGUGCUAUUUAACAGGUUACCGGGCCCUGCAGCUCAGAUCCGGACUGUCAGCAUUGGGGAGAAGCGACAGCCUCUCCAGCAUACUACUGUCACAAAGAGCCACCCCCCAGCUGUCCUCGCCUCCAAGGCCACCACAGGAACCAGGAAGCCACGCGGAGAGGCCAAGAAAUGCCGGAAGGUGUAUGGCAUGGAGAAGAAGGACUUGUGGUGCACAGCCUGCCGCUGGAAGAAGGCCUGUCAGCGCUUCACGGACUGAGCCCCGCUUCGACGCAUAGGCACUUCCUGAGCGACCCCUGACCUCUGACCCCACGAUGCCAUGGGCAGACACAGGCACCUUUCUUCGUGACAAAACUCCAGGGACUCGCCCCUUUGUGUGCCGUACAAUAAGGGGGCCGUGCAAUGGCCCUCUGGCAAAAGAAGUGUACUGGAGGCUUACACUUAAGAAAAAUGAAAAAACAAGAUAAAAAUACACAAAAGUAAAAAUUGGACAAAAAAUGGUAUGUUUGCUUGGGGCAGCAUUGUUUUAUGUGGGUUGAUACUUUAUUGGGAAUGUACUUGCAAAACAAAAACACCUGAUUCAGUUGAUUAGUCUGCUCAUUUUGUAUUUUUCGAUUUUUUUUUUUUUUUUUUUUCUCUUCCCCCCCCUCCCUAUGUUUUCGGUGGAAGACAUUACUGGUCGAAGAUUUCAGAUAAGCUCUUUGUGGACUCAGUUUUUAGCAAGUCCUUCUAUCCUGGUCAAAAGAUUAAGCUAUAUUUGUCACUGAACUGUCAGUGUUUCUUUUUUUAUAUCUUUAGACUGACCCCUUGAACGUCUUCUAAAAUCGGAGGGUCAUUUCAGCAUUUGAUUUAUCUCUCUCCAUUUAAAGCUGUUGGUAUGUGCGCUCAGCUGUCUUAUUCAGAUUUUCAGUGCCGCAGUAGCCAGAGGAUGACUCAAUAAGCUAGAGUGCUUCUUGACUGCCACAAUUAAACGGCAAAAAUUGUUGCAGCCAGUAGUCACCCAUGACCCUCCUGUGAAGCGAACAGCACAGACAACGCAGAAGAGCUUGUUGUUGCAUUGUGUAGCCAAGUGUUUAGUGUGACACCUGCAUCUUUGCUGGCAUCAAGGGCAGCGUUUUAUGGUACAUGCACUGUAUGCUUCUGAGUAUAUCUGACGAGCUGAUUGUCCAGUGUGGCUGUUGUUGCUCUGAAUGGGUAAAUCCAUCUGAAAUCAAAACUGUGUAGCCCCCUCAGCAGCAUUAUGCUGAUGAAUAUGUUUUAUAUGAAUAUAUAUGUUGCACAAAAGUUUUACUACAAACUGACAAAACUUCACUUGGCUUUUAAAUGCCAAGCACUGUAAUUUGAACAUUCCACCAGUGCAGAAACACUGUAAAUCUCUAAAAGCUCGUAACAAACUAUCUAGUUUUUACAAAAUGAUUUUCAGUCCCAAGAAAACAAAUCCCCAGCAUUGUGAAACUACUGGUCUUGUUGCUAAGUUGGAGCUGGAGGAGAUGCGCUGAGGGAAUCAUGGGUGAAAACAAAAUGAAGACGCAAUAACAGAACAGCUAUUUUUUGUAAUCCCAGUAUGUUCACCUCUGUUAAUUUGGUUCGUUGCUCAAUUUUCGCUUCUGUAGGCCUUGAGCGAAGUGCCACGUCUGUGUUCGGGUUCUAGUGUGAGAUUAAGGGCACUUGGACAACCAACAGUUCACCAGGGCAGUGUCGCUGCUCCAUGUCUACACCCAGUGUGUGACUUGAGCACACGCUUCCCAGUGAAUUUAACAGUGAAGCAUGUAGACAGGUUAUUAGGGAGACUAGAGAUGUGCACACUGAUCACCAGCUAUGGUUCUCUUUCAGUCUCUUUUAGCGUGAAAUACUGUGUACCAACAGUUUUAAAUGCCAGAGAUGGAAUCUCUAAGUCUGUUCUUUGCUUUUUUGUUUUUCCAGGUAAGUGCCCUUUUAGCACCCAGAUUUAGUUCAUUUCCUGAACUGCUUUGUAAAGAAUUGCUAUUACAAUCGUCACUCAGCUGCACUUCUACCAAAGGAGAACAAUCAGAACCUUUUCAUUCGCUUUAAACCUGAAUUGCAGUGAAUAUUUUACAUUCCGCCCAGGAAUAUAAGAAUUAAGCUCUUACCUGGAAGCUGAACUCGGAUGUUUAAACUUUUGCUUUUUUUUGGGAAGCAAAUAAUGCAUUUAGAGCAACGCUUUCAACUCUCUCUGCUCAAGGAUAAAUGCAUUCUCGACUUUUUUGUACCACCAAAUAAAGUUCAGCUCUGAGACCCCAAAACUAUUUUACAUAAAAUUAUAUAUUUCUUCUUUUCUAUACCUCUAUCUAGAGUUGCACCUUUUUGUAUUUUACAUUGAUUUCUACAUAUUAUUGCAAGUCAGUUUUUUAAAUCUGCAGUGUAUCUACAGAAGUAGGUUUUUAUCUGUACACACCUGCAGGUUGUCGAUACCUUUGACAGUUAAGAUGAUGCUGCGUAGAAUUAAAAAAAACAACAAAAAAAAAAAAAAACAAAAAUGAAAUCUUAGCAUUUCAUUAAAAUUUAACUUUGAAAUACUUCGGUAAAUUGUUUCGUUCAGAUGUAAAGCCAAGUAAUAGACUGCUGUAUUUUUGAUAAUCUGGUAUUUUUGUAACAAUAUGCAGACGCAGUAUUAUGAUUGUACAUGGCUCUCUUUUCUUGCAAGUGUUACUGUAGGAUGUUUUAAACCUAUGUUUAUGGGGUUAUUUCUUUGUCCUUGUAGAAUUGCUGUCAGAAUGGAGAUUUAUCUUUUGUAGAGUACUGGGAUGCCAUCAUUUUCUGACUGGAAUUGGAAACUAUUGUUUGUGGUACCAUUAAAGGGUCUAUCCCUUCCUCCCCAGAGGCACUGUAACACACAUUUAUAUGGCUAAAAAACUAUUUUUAGAGUAUAUAGCUUUUUAAAAAUCUAUGCAUUAUUUUCAAAGGGAUUAUUUGCUUCCCAUAAACAUUACUUGGACUGAUAUUUGACUCAGAACAGCUUGACGGUGUAAAAAUGUGGAAAUCCCAGUCAGCUGUUUUAUCUUUGCCUCUUGAUGUACUUUUUUUUUUUUUUCGUAACUCACGUUUGUUCUGGGGUCAUCUGUAGUCGCAGCUUCUCAUAUGGAUUAACCGUUGUUUUAUAACUCAGUUAUUCACUUGUACUUAUUCACAAUAUUACACAUUGCAAUUUGUAGAACUGUAUUGCUGCCUCUCCUGUCUCCCCCGGAGUAGCAGCUCUGGUGGCUGUGAUGGUGCUGAUGGGAACAUUCCAUACUGCCCCCUCGCCCCCCACUCCACUUCCAACUGGACCGAGACUGCCGGUCCCUUUCAUGUGAACCCAGACCAUGUGCCCCCAAGCUCCGUCUCCUUCUCAACACUGGACCGAUGCCGUGUCUCUCUGAUGGCCGUCUGAGACAGUUAUCAGACCCAAUGACCUCCAGCGAUGCCUCUGCGGUCCAUCUUUUGCCUGGCACAGGGUAGGAUGUGGCUAGGCGGUCCUGGUGCUGUUUCCGCCCCCGCACUAGGCUGCUGUCCAGCAGCUGGGGAGGGGGGGCGGGCCUUGUGCGCAGCUCCCAUGCGGCUGGUGAGGUCUCUGCUCUCAGGCCACAGCACUUGCUCUCAUCCAGUUUAAAAAAGCGUGUUAGUGUCAAAUCGUUGUCGGAAACUUCACCAAGUGCCAAUGGGAAGAGCAAAAAAGUAUCUAAUUGAAUUGCACUAACUUGUACUGCACAAAGACAUUUUGUAUGUGGAGUUUUUAUAUACAGCAUUUGAAAUUUGAAAGAAAAUUAGCUUUGGUCGUCACUGCCUUUUUCAGAGCUGGGUUCAGGACCGUAGUAUUUCUUGAUGGGGUCUCGUGCUGUAAGCUGUUAGGGCAGUAAACUGGGUUAGAAUGAAUGCUGUUUAAUAUAGAGAAUUUGUUUAUGUAGGAUGCUAGAUGUAAUACAUGGUGUUGGUGAGUAAAAGGUUAAAUGCCACCAGAACUGUGCUUUCUUUAGUAGGCAUAACUUCUUUCAACAGUUCCCGUGUCUUAAGGAAUAUUGUUUCUCCCUUUUAAGAGGUUUUGAGGAGUGUUGUAGUGUUGCAUAACAUUUUGGAUCUUUUCCUGUUUGAUUGACAGCAGCCCAGCCCCACUUCACAAAACGAGAGAGUGUAGUGUUGCCGGUCUUCGGCCUUAUUUUUGCACUAAACUUGCUUUUCAGGGCUCGGUCUUAAUACAGAUUAGAUAUUGAAACCAUCAGAAUAGUCAAAAAUCAAAGUGAGCUACAUUAGUAUUUCUUGUAACACUUUCAGCAUGUGGAGUUUGCGGGAAAUACUUAGGGGAAGGGCAAACUGGUUCAUGUGAAGAUCCAUCCUGAAGAAAGGAUUUGGUGUAUAGAUAACUCUGCACUCAAUGUAGAGGCAGUGACGAUUCACUAUUGAAAUAUAUUUUUGAGGUUUUCGUUUAGAUGUAUAAGGUAAAGAAAAUGAUACUUUUUGUCAUGUUUUUUUUUUUUUUUUUUUUU